GAACUACCGAGAUCAAUACGAUGCAGGGUUGGAAGUAAGGGCGCUCAGCUAGUAUCCUACAGUCAGCUUGGUUGAGCGGACGUCGCACACAAGUGCUCCGCAGCCCGCCAUGCCUGAGCCGCCCUUCGGCAGCGUAGACAGCUGAUAUCUUGUUGUAUUUGUUGGCCAGCCAUUGUGAGGCUGGCAAGGUGGCUGGAGCCAAGUGAGUGCCAUGGUUGGUGAGUGACGAGGAACAGUGCUGGGCGUGCCCUCUGAUUCGUCACCUGACCUCCGCCGCCCGCACAGUUGACCGCCGUGACCCCACACAAAACCUCCUCCUCCACCACCAAUACCGCCACCAUUAUGAAGAGCUCCGGAUGGUCCCUGGCGCGACUCGCCCUGCACCUCCUGGUGUUGAUCACCCGUUCCUACCGCACAUUCGCCGAACCACCCACCUAUCGGUCUGCGGUCCAAGAAGCAUUCAAUAACAUGAAGAAGGAUAAUGUAAACAUUUCCGCCAUCUUGGAUUCCCUACAAACAGGGUAUGACAAGAGAAUCAGACCCAAUUAUGGAGGUGAACCAGUGAUUGUGGGAGUAACGAUGCACAUUCUGAGUAUCAGCUCAGUGUCAGAAGUACUCAUGGGAAAAGGGUCGUUCACAGCUGCCACCAACUCUGGAAGAGCUGCCGCUAUGACAAAGACUGGGGGCGGAGGGGAAGAUGGUGGAGAAGAAGGACCCAGUCAGGAUUUUACUCUCGACUUUUAUUUCCGCCAACACUGGACCGAUCCUAGGCUGUCCUUCCCCGACCGCGGGGGUUUGGACGAGCUAACUGUGGGAUCGGAGUAUCUACAGAAAAUCUGGGUUCCAGACACGUUUUUUGCCAAUGAGAAGAAGUCCUAUUUUCACAUGGCCACCACCUCUAAUGAGAUGCUCAGAAUCACCAACCAAGGGAAAGUGUUGCGGAGUAUCAGAUUGACCAUCACAGCAUCAUGCCCCAUGAACCUGCAAUACUUCCCCAUGGAUCGACAACUCUGCAUCAUUGAGAUCGAAAGUUUCGGAUACAGUAUGGAUCACAUUCGGCUCUCAUGGCAUGCAGGGGACAAAUCAGUGGUUAUCGAAUCAGAUGUUUCCUUACCUCAGUUUAGAGUCCUUGGCUACAACAGAAGAACCAUCACCGUUUCCACAUCUACUGGUAAUUACUCUCGGCUGUUGUGUGAGAUCAUGUUUGUUCGUUCCAUGGGUUACUAUCUUAUCCAAAUCUACAUCCCCUCCUCACUCAUCGUCGUCAUCUCAUGGGUAUCUUUCUGGCUCAAUAGAUCAGCUACCCCUGCUCGAGUGUCCUUGGGCGUGACGACUGUGCUCACCAUGACUACCCUCAUGUCAUCCACCAACGCUGCGCUCCCCAAGAUUUCCUACGUCAAAUCCAUCGAUGUCUACCUCGGCACCUGUUUCGUGAUGGUGUUCGCCUCACUUCUGGAGUACGCGGCGGUGGGAUACAUGGGCAAGAGAAUCCAAAUGAAAAAGAACCGCAUUCUGGCCCUCCAGAAGAUAGCGGAGCAUAAGCUCAAGGAGGCGGCCAUCGAACAGUCGCACGCCUCCCAAGACCACCCGGACCACACCCCAAAGACAACAGUGAGUAGCGCGCACGAUAAACACACUAUUGACCAGCUGAGACAGCAUUGCAAAACCACUCACCAGAAGGUCCGGUACAAGUUACACGAUCCCAAGGCGCACAGUAAAGGCGGAACUUUAGAAAAUACCAUCAACGGUCGAGCAGACGAGGAGGCGCUUCCUACCAUGGCUAACUUGCUGCCUCACAAGGAUAUCAAUAAGGGCUUGAAUAAACUGUACGGCUGCUCCCCUUCGGACAUCGACAAGUACUCUCGCAUCGUGUUCCCGGUGUGUUUCGUCUGCUUCAAUCUCAUGUACUGGAUCAUAUACCUACACAUCUCAGACGAUUCGACCGACGAUCUCAUUCUGCACAACGCCGAGGGUUAAAAAUUAAAAAAAAAUAAUAAAAAAAAGGGAGCAGGAAUGUUUUUUCAUCGUACAAAAACACUGGCUUUCUUUUUGUGUUCUCGAUUUCAGACGUUGCAUACAUAUAUACGUUAUGGGUUCAUGUCGUCACUCAUUACGCUGCUUGUGUAAUAUUAUAAGUCUUCGGUUGUAAGUGAUGUCGUCUAAGGCAUAUUCUUGACAUAUUCACUCAAACAGUGUUUUGUUUGUGUAUACAUACAUACACAC